AUUUUUUGGAUUUAUGUAUUAUUCUUACUAGAUAUGCACCAUGAUUGAAGCGGUGGCUCUGUAUUUUGUGUCGGAAGACUGCGGUCCAUGGGCAAACUUUCUAAAGACGAAAUUGGGAGAAAAAGCAUACGACAUUCGUGUUCAAGACAUAGAGGCCUCUAGUGUGUCAGAAAGUCGAGAAAACUACAAAGCUAACAUAAUCUUGGUGAGCCCAGCUUUUCUGGAACUGCCAACUUAUGAACACUAUUGCUCGUUUCCCAUCAAACAAUCAUUGGUUGUGUUGCUUGGAGUAGAAUACCAAGAAUUUGAAGAAUUAGCAACAUCAAAAGGAGCUGAAAACAUCUUAGGAUUUCCUUUAUUUGAAACCGAGGCAAACGAGAGUUCGGUGAGAUGUCUUUUGGUGGAAAUUAUAGAUCUCUAUGAAAGAAAUGUUGCUCUUGAGGAACUUGUACAGCCCCAUCCAAUCCCUGGUCAUUUGUCAAAGACAAGGGAGAGUGACAAUAGUUUUGACAGUGAAUACGAUCCAUAUGAUUUCCCUCCAGCCCCCAGACCUCUUCCUGAAUAUAUUGAAUCACCUACAUCGAACGAGCUGCAGAAGUUCAUCUAUAGCGAAAAGGACAGCAAAAUCUAUCUCCUUAUGGAAAGAAAAGACGAGGAAAAUAUUUUGAUACAAGACGAAAAUAGACCAGAUACCUGUGUUCAAUGCAAAUACCUUGGCAAAGCUUUGUAUGAAGCUUCCUUAACAGAUGAUUUCGAUAGAACACAUGGGCUAAAAAUAGUCACAACAAAGAGGAGAAAUGUAGAGACAAUUCGAAUCGAACCAUCAUCUGAACCAGCACCACGUGAUAAACUUUCUCAAAUUCAGCAGUUGCUCAAUGAAGAGUUAGAACCGCUAACAGUUCUAUGCAAAGCUCUAAGACUGCCGGAAGUGUCACAUUCUUGUCUCGACACGUUUCUGGCGGAAAAGUGUUCAAACUUCAAAAUGUUUGACACACUUCAGAGUUUGUCUUUAGGAGAAAACCUCAAUGAAAAACAUUUGGAAGGAAGUAAUUGGCCCACGUUGCUGCAUUUUGGUGCUGAAUUUGGACUUAGUUUGUUUUGUGAUGAACUUCUACGGGUUCCUGGAAUGGACAAAUUUUGUCACGUUACCAAUGCUCAGGACGAGGCACCUGGUCAGUUGGCUCGAAAUCGCGGCUUCCUACAAUUAGCUGAAAAACUGGACAUGCUUACCGUAACCCAAAGAGACAAGCGAAACCCUCCAGCAAAUAAGGAUAGCGGUAUAAGUGACAUGCAUACUUCCGCCUAUAGUCAAGUAUCUGACACAAGCUCGUAUGCUCCCUCACACAGAGCAGUCGAUAGUUUAUUGGAGGACGAAACAUAUCAAAUGCCUCCUCCAACACCCCACCAACAUCCACAACAAUAUUACAUAAAUUCUAACCCGAUAUCGCCAUCGAAAACAGACAGUACCCAAACAUCAGAAGAAUCCCCACCCCCUCCUCCCCCAAAGAUUAAAAGUUCGCCGUUGCCUUGUCGACCUCCACCUGCCACAGAAAGAAUUUCUAUGGACUCUAGGAUCUCCAUUGACUCGAGGUCUUCCAUGGAUUCAAGAACUACCAUAGAUUCAGUAACCACCAUAGAUUCAAGCACCACCUUAGAUUCAUCGAGCAUAUCACGAAAUUCCAUUCAAUCUUGCUCGUCUUCCGGAAGUGAUGCUACAAUAGCAGACUAUGUCGACAUGACUUCAACUUCGUCUUCUUACAUGGACAUGAAAUCAGUGCAAAGAACCAACAGUAAAACACUGUCGAAACCUCCUGCAGUUCUCCCCAAGCCGAGUUCGUCUGAUUCCAGUUCUGGGUACGCCGUUACAUCCGAUGAAUCCUCAGAUAGGGGAUCAGAGUACAUGCCGAUGAGUGAGUUACCUCCUCAUAUCAAGCCUUCUCACUCAGAAUCUGCUAUAAAAAAGCAGCUCUCUGCAGAUGGUGAUUAUAUGAGUCCCAGUGAAGCCAAAACAGGUCCCAAACGCCAUCCAACUUCAUUACCUUUAGCAGAAUCCCAUCAAUUUCAUUCAACAUCUGAUAUAAAACGCGAGGUUACAGAUCAUUGGUCUAUUCCACCUGAAAUUCCAGCGCAUCAAAGCAAAAAGCCCGGGGAUCCAGCUUUACCCCUUUCACAUCAAAACAGAAGCAUGUCCGAGAGUGAUACUUCUCGGCCUCGUUUUGCGGGACGCAUAGGGUCUCCUUUAUCACCGAACAUGCCGGAAACAGUGUUUGAGAAAGGUCACCAAGUGCUCCAUCGACAAGGAAGGGACAGAAGCGCGAGUGCUUCCCGGAAGUGUAGUUCUGAUGACGAUAUGACAAUGAACCAGCGUCAUCAGUCUAAGGGAUUUUUCAGUAAGCUGAAAAAUAAAAUGGGAGGAGGAAGAAAAAUGUCAUGUCCACCAGAAGCAAUUAAAGAAAGUUUAGAUCAAUAUCAUAAGAGAAAUCAACAACAACUAAAGUCCAAACCCUCAGAGGAGAACAGGGACUCCAAUAUCAGUACUUCUAGCUCUUCCAGUCAUGAAGGUCAUAUUCCGGAUGAAAAUGCUACAGGAGAGGAACAGCCAGAUGAACCAGUUCGUGCGAGAAAGCCUAAGAAAACACUCUUUGGAGGGAAAAAUAAAGACAAUAGAAACGACGUGAGGAGGAAAUCUGUGAGAAUUGAUAAAAUGAAGAAGGACAAAAAUCUACAACUGUUGGAACUUCCUACAAAAAGAAAAUAGCACAAAAUCGUUCUACAAAUCUCAAAGUGCAAUAUUUUAACAAACAACAUUCUGCAAUUAUAAAAAAAAAAGUUUUACGUCUCUUUUUAUGUAAUUAUGCAAUACAUGCAGAAAUCAGUCAGCUUUUUAGUAUUUGUCCAAUUAUUUUUACAUGUACAUGUAUUUGUAAAUUUCAGUCACUCUGUCUGUUUUUGUACAUAUCGCAUUUUUUUUUCUUUUCUACAACGCAUUAACAUUUGCAGUAUUUCAUGACAACGUACGUUUUAAUGAUUAAUUGCAUUACCCCAUUUACAUGUGAUUUCAGUCAUUUUUUUUUUUUUUAAUUUUUCGGAUAUGUUCCAGAGUUGUAAUCUGUAAUAAUGUGUAUACUUUUAUGUUUGAAAGAGUCAAUGCAAAUACUGCUUUAAGUGAUAUUUUCGCAUGUGGCUUACAACACAUGUGUUACUGUUAUUUUAAUCUAAUAAUAAAAAUUGUUAUGAAAACAA